AUGUGGCUUAAAGAUGAUCAUAUCCUAGAGCUCCUAAAAGAAUGGUGGAAUGGGGCCAUGAUCUCUAGAUCCGAGAUUUUUAAGGUUGUUAACAAUCUUAAGAUAAUCAAGAAGAAUCUUAUUCCAUGGAAUAGGGAGCGCUUUGGCAAUAUCUUCGAUAAAAAAGCUAAAGUGGAAGCUGAGCUGGAAGAAGUUAAUGAGCAAGUGAUUAGAUUUGGUAUGGAUGAGUCUUUGUUUCUCAAAGAGAAGAAACUUAUGGUGGACUAUGAAUCUAUUCUCGCAAAAGAAGACGUCUUCUGGAAACAAAAAUCUAAAGAGUCCUUCUUGGAGGCGAGCGAUAAGAACACCAAUUUUUUUCACAAUAGUGUAAGAAUUAAGGAUAGUAAUGGCUUUGAGGUGGUUAAUCCUAUUACCAUUGUGAAAGAGGUUGUUGAUUUCUUUACCCUUAUUUUAACCUUGGAUCAGAGCCCUCAUAACUCUGCCCAAGACAUGUUUAUCAAGAGUAUCCUUAAGCUUUUGAACAAGAAACAUUUUGAUGCUCCUAAUGCCAAUUUUUCUCUAGCAGAAGUUGAAGCUUCUCUUAAGCAAAUGAGCCUAGAUAAAUCCCCUAUACCGGAUGACUUUCCUACUAGCUUCUUCCAAGUAUGUUGGCCCUUUCUUAGUGAGGAAGUUACGACAGGUAAAUCCCCUGUGAGGAAGUUACAUCCUCAAGGAAAUCAACAACACCUUUCUAGCCCUUAUCCCUAA